AAUUACAAAGGACACCCACCAUACCUCUCAUAGCAAAAACAUCAAAGCUAUAUACACAUAGAGAGUGAAAAAACACAAGAACAAAGGGCAUCAUCAUCAUGAAGAAGGCAUCCUUUACGGCGGCAUUCUCAGCGGCAGCAGUGGUGGUCCUCCUCCUACUGGCCGAAGCAAAGGUGUCAAUGGCUGUAACAUGUAGCCCAACACAGCUAAGCUCAUGUGUGAGUGCCAUAACAUCAUCAUCCCCACCAUCAAAGUUAUGUUGCAGUAAGAUCAAAGAGCAAAAGCCUUGCCUUUGCCAAUAUCUUAAGAACCCUAAUCUCAAGAAAUUCAUUAAUACCCCAAAUGCAAGGAAAGUUGCUAGCACUUGUGGUACUCCCUUCCCUAAAUGCUAAAAGAAAAGACUCAAGUUGUGUUGUGCUAUAAUAUCUUUGUUUUGGUGUUUGUAGUGAAAAAAAAAAAACUGUAUGGUUUAGUCUGUGAUGGAAACAAUAUGUUGGGGGUUAAAGUGAUAUUUCACCAAUGUGUUCACUUUUUUUUUUAAUGUGUGUGUGAGAUCUAUAUCAUGUACUACUAGUUGUUGAAGAAGUAAUUUAUUUAAUGGAAAUCAGUGUUGGAUUAUUAGAUUA